CCAGUCGGUAUCUCUUCGCGGAACAGCACGGUCGCAGCUUCAAGAUGGUGACGGCUGAUCCGCAAAACAAAUCCGAAUCGCUCAGCACGAUUGACCACCAAAACUGUCAUUGACUUUGCCGAUCUUGCACAACAAUGCGAAUAAUGCAUAGCACCAUUAGCACCCUUUAUCAGUCGAGAUUCUCGUCUCAGUAAAUCUCGGUGGAAGUUGGCCGAUCGUAAAGAUGUGCCUCGAUUAGUGACUGUUACGACGAUGUCCGUGUCCGUAGGAGGAAGGGGCUACCCUUCGAAUGCGGUGUCCGUGAAGCCCAUUGAGGUGCCCCAGGCCCUGCAGAAUGGGGAGAAAUUCAUUAAGUGGGACGAGGAUUCAGGAGUGGGGACCCCCGUGACGCUGAGAGUAGACCCCAAUGGCUUCUAUCUCUAUUGGAUCGAUCAGAAUCACGAAAUGGACCUUUUGGACAUCGCCAUCAUUCGAGACACCAGGACCGGCAGAUAUGCGAAAAUUCCGAAGGAUUCCAAGCUGCGGCAGAUAGUGACGAUGGGCUCCCAAGAUACUCUGGAAGAAAAAACUGUGACUGUUUGCUGUGCCAACGACUUUGUAAAUAUCACCUUCAUCAACUUUUGUUGCACCAAGAGGGAAAUUGCCAGGCUGUGGACGGAUUCGCUAUUAUCUUUGGCUUACAACUUGAAUCAAAUCAACGGUACGACCAAAAUGUACCUGUUGAAGGCUUUCACCAAACUAUCUCUGAUCAAGGACAAGUCUGGAAAUAUUCCUGUGAAAAACGUAUUGAAGCUGUUCGCACAAAAUAAAGAGGACAAGAAACGGGUGGAAUCGAUCCUGCAUUCUCUGGGGUUCUCUACUGGAAAAACGGAUGCGAUAAAUUCGGACAGUUUCGACUUCGAAACGUUUUUUAACUUCUAUGUCCAGCUCACCAAACGGACAGAAGUCGAGAAAGUUUUCAACGAGAUCGUUGGUGCUAAGAAAGUGAUGACCUCCCACCAAUUCGUGGAGUUCCUGAACAAGACCCAGCGCGACCCCAGGCUGAACGAGAUCCUCCACCCGUACGCAGAUACAGCGAAGGCCAAAGAUGUGAUAGCUCUCUACGAACCGAACAAAUACAACGCACAAAAAGGACAGCUCUCUUUCGAGGGUUUUCUCAGGUAUCUGUUGUCGGAGGACAACAACAUAAUGGCCGCCACCAAAUUCGACCUGAGCAACGACAUGGACCAGCCGCUGGCGCACUACUUCAUCAACUCCUCGCACAACACAUACUUGACGGGUCACCAGCUGACGGGGAAGUCGAGCACCGAAAUGUACAGGCAGUGCCUGCUGGCAGGCUGCAGGUGCGUGGAGCUCGACUUCUGGAACGGCAGGACCGAUGAGCCCAUCAUCGUGCACGGCUACACGUUCGUACCUGAAAUCUCCGCUAGGGAGGUGCUCGAGGCCAUCGCCGAGACCGCCUUCAAGACCUCGGACUACCCUGUGGUGCUAUCCUUCGAGAACCACUGCAACCCGCGGCAGCAGGCGAAGAUUGCUAAUUACUGCAAGGAGAUCUUCGGAGACAUGCUGCUGGAAACGCCGUUAGAGAAUUAUAAAUUGGAACCGGGUAAUCCUCUACCUCCCCCGGCUGUACUGAGAAGAAAAAUCAUAAUAAAGAAUAAGAAAAAACACCAUCACCACCACCACCACCAUCAUCAUAAAAGAGUCGUCACCCCUUCUCCAGAAGUCCAAAGCGCAGAAAAUUUGAGUAACGGAGAUGUUGCUCACGUGCCUCUAUCACAGACAAGACAGGGUUCUAAAGAAUCUACUGCAACAGAGGAUGAAGAUUCUUCUAGUGAUGAUGAAGUGGAAACUAUCGAAACGACGGAAGCACAAAUCGAGAAUAAUACCGAGGAAGGGGGCGAAGCCAAACCCGCCCCAGCCAAUGAAACUGAAGCCGGUGCCGAAAUUUCAGCACUUGUUAAUUAUGUACAACCAGUUCAUUUCUCAAGUUUUGAAAAUGCCGAAAAAAAAAAUCGCAGCUACGAAAUGUCGUCGUUUGACGAAAAACAAGCCACCGCCCUCCUCAAAGAGUACCCCAUCCAAUUCGUCAACUACAACAAGCACCAGCUGAGCAGGGUCUAUCCGGCGGGUACUCGCUUCGACUCGUCAAACUUCAUGCCGCAGGUGUUCUGGAACGCUGGUUGUCAACUGGUCGCCCUCAACUACCAAACAUUGGAUUUGGCUAUGCAGCUCAACCUCGGCAUAUUCGAGUACAAUUUCAGGUGCGGGUAUCUGCUCAAGCCUGAGUUCAUGCGGCGGACGAAUAAAAGCUUGAAUCCCUUUGCCGAGAACACGGUGGACGGCAUCAUAGCGGGCGCCGUCCGCAUCACGGUCAUCUCUGGCCAGUUCCUCACCGACAAAAGGGCCGGCACCUAUGUCGAGGUGGAGAUGUACGGCCUGCCCGCCGACACUGUCAGGAAGCGGUUCCGCACGAAGGUGGUGCCCAACAACGGGAUCAAUCCGGUCUACGAGGAGGAGCCGUUCGUGUUCAAAAAGGUCGUCCUGCCCGAGCUGGCCUACAUCCGCAUCGUGGCAUACGAGGAAUCGGGCAAGUUCAUCGGCCACCGCAUCCUGCCUGUGAUCGGCCUCUGUCCCGGCUACCGGCACGUCAAUCUGCGCACCGAGCUCGGUCAGCCGCUGCCCCUCGCCGCGCUCUUCCUCAAGGUAUUCGUGAAGGACUACGUGCCCGACGGACUGUCGGACUUUGCCGAGGCGCUGGCCAAUCCGAUCAAGUACCAGAGCGACAUGGAGAAGCGCGCGCACCAGCUGGCCGUCUACACGGACGAUCUGGAGCCGGUGGAGGGGAGCGAAGAGCAAAAGAAAGGUACUCUGACGAGACCGGGCAAAGAACCUGCGACGAACGGCAACAGCCCGGCGCAGAAGCAGUCGCUGGGUGGCGGCUGUGCAUCCGUCGAGUCGGCGGGGGACGGCGACGUCCCGACGCCCCCUUGCGCCCCUCUGGAGGGCAACUCGUUGAGCAAGAUGGCGGAGGGCAGGGACGAGAAGACGGAGGAGCUCGUGGCCGAGCCAGUCGACAAGAUUCUCGAUAACAAGGUGGUGAAAGAAAAGAGGCUGGAGCUGGAGAAGAAACUGGAGAACUUGCGGAAGAAGCACGAGAAGAAGAAGAUGGCGUUGACGUCUCAGAAGUCGGGAGACUUCUCGGAAAAGAGAUCGAGGCUGGUCAAUAUGAAGCUAGUGAAGAGGCUGUCGAGCAAAAGCAUCGUGACGGCCGUCUUCUACAACGAGUCGCCCAGCGCCGAGCCGCUAACCAGCGUGGCGGACGCCCCCGAGCCGGGCGGCAGUGCGGAGGGCGAUCGGCCGCCCUUGGCCGCUCUGCCGCGCAGCCACUCGGAGCGGCUGCUGGCCGUCGACAGGGAGUUCGUGGCGCAGGAGCGGGAGCUGCGCGAGAAGUACCACGACGCGGUUUACGGGCAGGCGGAGAAGGUCAUGCGGGCAUCGCAGAGCGGCCAGAUCAAGGCGCUGAAGGAGCAAUUCGACAAGACCACCUCAGAACUAAUGAGGAAGCUUCAAUCCGACCAUCGCGAGGAGGUGAAAGCCCUGGCGAAGAAGCACCGGAACAGGGAGCAGUUCACUAGGGUGAAGCACGAGGCAGUGACGGCGGUGGUGGGCAGGGGGGUGUCGGAAAGGGAGAAGCUGGGGCAGGUGUUCGAGAAGCGCAAAGAGGAGCUGGCGCGGCAGCACGAGGCAGUCAGAGAGAUGCUGGCCGAGCACAGGGAGAAGGCGAAAGCGGCCCUCAACAAGGAAUUCGAGAUGCGUUUGUCGAGAGUGGAAGGAGAAUCGAGCGGAAUACAGUAGACGCAUGCGUACGACCUUUCAGUACGUCCCUUCCGAAUCGAUAGAUAGUAUCGAGCGUUGAAAGAUCGAAGCUUUCCGGAUCUUUCAGGAUGUGUCAGGUAACGGUGGAGAAACGAAGAGAAUCCCGAGCUGCAAUACUCAUACCGAACUACUUAGAUUUAUGUGUUUGAUAAAUGAAAAGUACCCUCUUUGAUAAUGUUGACAAUC